UUCAAACCCCUUUCAAAGUCCAAACAGGCCCUUAAAUCUUUUGAGCUGCAAGCCUGCAACAGGGGUUUUAGGCUUUUAGCUCAAAUCAGGGUUUAAGACUUUGCUAUAUUCCUUUUCUUAAAUUUCAAAGUCAUGGAACUCAAUUUUCAAAUUAGAGAUUUUUGUUAUCUGGGUUCUUUAAGAUUUUCAAUUUUGUCAAGUGGGUCAGUAGAAAAUUUUGAUCUUUCUCACCACAAAUCUCUCAGUUUGAUUCACCACUAGUGUGUGUAUAUAUGUAAGUAUAUACACUAAUAUGAUACUGAGAAAGCUUAAAUUUGAUGGAUUUACUAAAACAGUAAGGCAAUUUGGAGCCUGCCCUUUGGAAGUGAAUACUAGGAAUCUUUCAAGCGAGCAUAACACUUUGUGUUUUUCGUUAGCUGAUCAGCUUAUUCGUUGCGGUUCAGUAGCGUCUGCGCAGAAGGUUGUGAGGAGAAUGAUUAAUAAUUGUUUGACAGUCUCCGAGGCAUGUUCGGUUGUGGAUUUUGCAGUUAGUAGAGGUAUGGAACUUGAUUGUUGUAGUUAUGGUACCCUUAUAAGUAAACUUGUGAAUUCAGGUGAAAUGCGGAUGGCUGAAUCAUUGUUUGUAGAUAGAAUAAAUAGUAGAUGUAUUGAUUGUAACGGGUCUUUGUUGAAUUUGAUGGUAGUUUGUUAUUGUAAACUAGGAAAAAUAGAGGAAGCGAAAUCAGUGUUUGAUAGGCUCGUUUCAGGGUUAUAUGUUUUGGAUAAAGGUUCUUGUUUUGCUCUUUUAAGAGAGCUUUGUAUGGGAGAUAGAGUCUUGGAGGCAUUUGAUUAUUUCCGUAGGAUAGAUGAUAAAGGAAUUUUUUUGGCAUUUUGGUGUUAUAAUAUUCUGGCUGAUGGAUUGUGUUAUAGGGGUUACUUGGAUGAAGCUAUAUGUCUUUUUGAUAUGAUGUGUCAUAGAGGGAUACGACCUAGUGCUUAUUUUUGCAAGUCAUUAGUGUUUGCCUUUUGUUCAAGGGGUCGGAUUGAGGUGGCUGAGUUGUUAUGUAUGAAAAUGGAGUCUUUUGGUUAUGUUUUGGACAAAACUAUGUACACUUCCGUAAUUCGUGAAUAUUGCAGGAGGAGGAAAAUGAAAAUGGCCUUAAGAGUUUUCUUUAGGAUGCUCAAGAUAGGGUGUGAACUGGACACCUACAUUUACAACACUUUGAUAUACGGGUUUGGUAAUUUAGGUAGGUUUGAUGAGUGCUGGGCGUUGUGUAACCAGAUGGUGGAAUCGGGUUUAAAACCUGACACUGUGACCUAUAGUGUUAUGAUAAAUAAUUACUGUAAGAAAAAGAAAGUUGAUAAUGCACUCACGAUAUUAAAUAGAAUGAGUCAUUCUGGUCCUUCACCAUCAGUCCAUUGUUUUACAGUCCUAAUAGAUGCCCUUUAUGAGGCAAAUAGGAAUGUUGAGGCCGAAGAAUUGUACAUCAAGGUGCUGAAGAGUGGGGUUACCCCGGAUCAUGUUUUAUUUUUUACACUGAUGAAGAAAUGUGAGAGAGGGAAAUGGCUUCAUCUUGUUCUUAUGAUUUUACAGGCAAUUGCAGAGAAUGGCUGCGGGAUUGACAUUUCAUCUUCAUCCAUAUCGGGUAAUUCAAGAUCUAAGAGUGACUUGGAACUCGAAAUAAACCAUUUGUUAAGGGAGAUACUGGGAUGCAACAUGCCUCUAGCUAGCAUGGCCUUCAGCAUAUAUGUCAGUGCUCUUGGCAUGUCUGGAAAUAUUGAUGCUGCUCUCCAUUGCAUAGAUAAAAUGCUGAGUCUUGGAUGCCAACCUUUGCUCUUUGCAUUUAACUCUGUGAUCAAGGGCUUUUGUCAAGAAGGAUAUGCUAAGCAGGCCAACUGUCUGAUUGAGCUCAUGCAAGAUCAGGGUAUUCUCCCGGAUCUUACAACUUAUCUAAUAAUGAUUGAUGAGUACUCCAAGCGAGGUGACAUGCCAUCAACCUUUGAUAUUAUCAAUCAGAUGGAAGCUAGGGGACUACAACCUAAUGUUGCUAUCUACGACUCCAUCAUAAAUGGUUUAAGCGGGGAAAAAAGAAUAAAUGAUGCAAAAUAUAUGUUUAAUAGGAUGGUUGAGGCUGGCGUUGCUCCUGAUGACAUUUUGUUUAUCUCAAUUACUAAAGCCUUCUCUCAGAGUGGAAAAGCAAGAGAAGCACAUCAAAUCUUUGAUAAUAUGGUGGAGUACGGUUUUCAGCCCAGUUGCCAGGUUUACAGUGCUCUUAUAAGUGGGUUCGUUAAGAAAAAUAUGACUGAGAAGGGUUCUCACUACCUUGAUAGAAUGUUGGCAGAUGGUUUUUUGCCAAAUAUUAUGCUUUAUACUUAUCUUAUAAGUCAGUUUCUGAAGAAAGGAGAGAUUACAUUUGCUUUUGGAUUAUUUGAUUUGAUGAAGAGAAGUCAGAUUAAACCUGACCGUGUAACCUAUAUUACACUGCUCAGUGCUGUAUGUAACAAAACAAUGUUUUUGGGGAAAAGAUGGCCCACAUCAAAUACCAAAUUGAAAAUGGGGCAGGAAAUGUUGUACCAAUUGCUCAGUCAGAGACUUGUUGUGCCUAGGGUUACGAAAUGUAGUAUGUGGUUUAUUACACGAAGGGAACUGAUACUAUUUGCACUGAAUUUGAUCAAAAAAGAAGCAGCUACCUUCAUGCCAGAUGUGUACCUAUAUAACUGCAUGAUUUCUGGAUUUUGUUGGAUAAGCGAGAUGGAGAUUGCAUAUAACUAUGUUGCUCUGAUGAAAAGAGAUGGUGUGCACCCAAAUAUUGUGACUUUUACAAUUCUCAUUGAUGGGCAUAUUCGAGUAAAUGAAAUUGACCGAGCGGUUGCUCUUUACAACAAAAUUAACGGAGAUGGUUUUGUUCCAGAUAAAACCAUGUAUAAUACUUUGAUAAGAGGUCUUUGCAAUGCUAGAAGACCAUUUUGUGCAUUGGCACUUUCAGUCACAAUGCAUAAAAGAGGGUAUUCCCCUUCGGAGGCUUCAUAUGAGAGGUUACUUGGUUGUUUCUUUGCUUGUGGUUUGAGCAUCAGUGCCUUAAAAAUCUUUGAAGAUAUGCUUGCCCAUGGCUACAAACCUUGCCGUUACAAUCUUAACCGUUUGUACGCCAUGUUACAUGAUAACAAAAGUUGUGAUGAUGCCUAAUCCCACAGUCGGUCUUAUUCUUUUGGUCCAGUCACUUUCUCCGUCAAUUUAAAAGUACUUGCCUUCAGAAUUAUAAACGGGUAGAAAUUCCAUCCACACUUGGCAAUUAAAUCCUCCUACUCGAUUACAAACAAGUUGCACGUUAAGUUUCAGGACGCUUUCGCAAAUUGCAGUUUGGUAGACUGCCAUCACACUAUAUGUCCUCUCAGCGGCAAAACAUUCCAGGAGGCACUAAAAAGAUUAAUCGGAGGAUGAUGUUUUGCCGCAGUGAUGGUGUGGUUUGUAUUUCUCAUCUAUAGGGCACCACAUUAACCCUUUUUGAAGAAAAUGAGAGCUACAUUCAUGGACCAAGGGAGUGAAACAACUCCCAAGUAUAAGUACUUCCUUUGAACCCUAAUUCGCAGCUUACUCUUCAUUGCUCAGAGUUCAAAAUUCUUUGCUCCGGUUUCACUAUGCAAUUGUAUCGUCUAUCAAAGUUUAGAAUCAAGUUGCUCAGUAAGUUUCAGGGUGGACUUUGCUAAAAGUUGAAAAACUACCGCAGCUCGUCAAAUGUAAACAUCUACUUUCUUGGCAGGCGAAGAGCCAUUGUGUGCCCUUGGUUUACCCUGAAAUCCAUGAAUAGUAGUAUGCAUUAUCUGAUGUAGGAUAAUGGGCUAAGAAAGGGUCAGAAACAAGGAGAUAACACCUAUCUCAACAGAGAAUUGGCCGAGACGCAAAUAAAUUUUCAGUUUCACCCGGUAAUCAUGAAUUCAUAGUGCUCAACUCUAAUAAAUAAUGAAGAUUACAAUUUUUCAGUAGAUAUACAAAAUUUCAGAAGAAGUAAACCUAGGGAAAAAGGAAACUAAUCCAGACUAGGAAGUACUACAUCUUACUCAUCUACCGUGAUAUAUCUUAAUUCUAGAAUAUGUAUUCCUGAUUAGAUAGCAAAAUAUUUAGUUACAACUACACUUGUAUCCUUAUAAUAAUAUAAGAUUAUUAAUGUUAAUUUAAAUCUUCUUGCCAUUAGUAUUUGUUCACCGAAGAUGAUAUGGUAGAGUUGUAGGGAUGGCAAUCGGGUCGGAUCGGGUUGGGUUUAAUGAAAUCCAUAUCCAAUCCGUUAUAUUUCGGGCCGGGUCGGGUUCGGGUUUGGAUAUUAAAAUGUAAAUCCAAAUCCAAUUCGUCGGGUUUUUUCGGAUUUUGGAUUGGAUUUGGGUUUCAACUGGAUAUCUUAAAAAAAUAUUUAAAAAUAAAAAAAUGACAAACCUAUCAGGAUAAUUAAGUUUUUUUUUCAAAAUUAUGAUUAUUGGAUGGGAUUAUAUUUAUUUAAUUUAGAACAAUAUAAACUUAUACCA